UGUAAUCCUUCGAAACACAAACUCACCUAUCGAGAAAUGUGUUGCGUACAAUCUUGCAAUGGCGCCAAUUCGCCGAUACCUUCGCAUCACCAAAUAUUCCGUCAUUGAAUGCCGAAUUUACCUUGACAAUCCUGCCCUUGCUCAUACUUGGCUCUUGAGUCCGAGGAAUCCGAUGUUGCCAAGAGUUAUCGAGAGUGUGCGCCCACUCGUAUUACCCAAGCUACGUGAGGAACGGGAGCGAAGUAGAAAGCGGAGUACUAAGAAGAAAGGGAUCAAGGAUGUUGUGGUCGAAGAUGAUUUCGAGGUAUCCAUAUUCCUGACCGAGACAAGCACCCGCCACGCGCUCCUCACGAAGCACAAGCACUUCCACGACACCACCCAAACCAAGCUAACCUCUAAUUCCGCACGCUUGAUUGGUGAGACCAACGAGGCACCCAUCGAUGUCGAUGCUACGACAGGACUAGGUCCAGUAAUCAGGCGUGAGGAGAGCGACGACGACGAAGAUGCUGCGGUGGCCUUGGCAGCCAUCCCAGCGGCAGAUGAGACCGCAGCGGGUAGCAACAGUAGUAGCGGCAGGCGACCCAAGCGCGCACGCAAGAAUACAGAAACAGAAAUAGCCGCAGAUCCCGACCUAGAUGUGGAGAUCGUCUCGGAUAGCCAGGACGAAGAUGACCAAGACGACGAGGACGAUCAAGACGGUCUAUUCGUGCAUGACGACGACGUUAGCACGAGGCCGCCACCGCCCAAACGUCGCAAGGGAUCUGCGAAAGAAGUGGACGAAAGUGCCGAGGCCGAGAUCGAAAAUGACAAAGACGACAAGAAGAAAUUAGCGAUGGACAUCUCGUACGAGGGAUUUUCUAUUUACGGACGCGUGCUGUGCCUCGUCGUCAAGCGCCGCGACGGUAACAUCGGCUCCGGCCCCCAACAACAACAAGCGGGCCGUGGCAGCAAGGCCGCGACCGCUGCGGCCGGGAGCCAUGCGACGAAACAUGGGGGCGGGGGUCAGGCUAUGAUGGAGAACUUCAUCAUCUCCACCCAAGUGCCGGCGGGCGCAGAGCCGUCGUGAACCCCAUCGCGAUAGAUACGUUAUUACAAUGUCUCAUUACUAAUACAUACACAUACACUACGCUACCGUCUUCUACCCGCGAUGGAUUCGCGCGCGGUAGCAUCCAUGCACGUCACCCAAUC